AGACACCUGGCUCCCUCCGCUAGACUUCCUCUGCACACGUCAGUUCCUACUCCGCUGUUCCAACCCAAAGUUGGGGAGCCAGGAGCCGAGCCCACGGAACAGACAGAAGGAGUCCCUCCGUCCGAGAGCAGCGGGACCCAGGCACAGCAGUUCCCUCAAUAGAAAUUGGAAAGUCUGGAAAAGAGAAGGGUUUGAAGGAAGUUAUAUUGAAGUUCUUUUUUGGAUGUGUUGAAUUUGUGAUGCCUUCGGGACAUCCAGCUUGAGAUGGCCAACAGGGUGAAUGUGUGUCCCGCCCCCCCACCCCUCCAUAACCUGGUGCUGAGAAUGGCUUUCUCCACGUUGAACAGCACGCCUCCCAGAGCGGAUGGUGAGCUGUGUCCCAGCUGUGGGCAGCUGCAUCAAGCCUUGGACAACCACCUCUACAACUUCCAGGAUGAGGUGGACGAUGAGCUGACCUGCAAUAUCUGCCUGCAGCCAUUGCUGCAGCCUGUGGACACGCCUUGUGGCCACACCUACUGCUACCGCUGCCUCGAAAGCUUCCUGCAGGAUUCCGAUUUCUGCCCCAUGGACCGGGAACCCUUGACGUUCCCCAGCUGCCGCAAGUCAACCUUGUUGGUGAGAAACCUGCUGGACAAGCUUAUCGUCUUUUGUCCUUUCCCUCCUGAUUGUCUUCUCACCAUGCAGAGGUGUGAGCUGGAAGGUCAUCUCCAGAAUAGGUGCCCUGGCUUGAGGAAAUACCAGGCCAAAAUGGUGGAGGAGAAAUGUCAGCCGGACCACAAGAAACAAGAAGUGCCCCUCGAGCCAGAAGCAAGCAACCCUUGUGGGGAGAACUUCUUUGAUAUUGAUGCCAUCUUAUCAAUGGACUCUGAGUAUUCAUCUGUUGCCCCCAUGGUACCCUGGAGUAGCCCAGAGCCUGGCUUGGUGAAUCCAGCAUUUGAGGAGACAGAUGAAGAUUCCAUCCUGAGUCUUUCCACAUCUGACCUGACUCGCAGCAACAGUCUUGUGGCUGAAACUGUUGUCGUGGAAAUUUCCCGGGAUAACUCUGAGAAGGAGCUGGGGAUGAGGAUCGUCGGGGGCAAGGACACCCCACUGGGCAACAUUGUCGUGCAGGAGGUCCACCAGGACACCCCCUUGGGCAUGGAUGGCAAAGUGGCCCCUGGAGAUCAUGUGCUCGAGGUCAAUGGGAUCAACAUCAGCGAUGUUACCCACUCUCAAGCAAUCUCCCUGCUCCGCCAGGCGGGGCCUGUGCUUCAGCUGGUGAUCUUACAAGAGAAAGGCUUCCUGAACAAGCCACUCCAAGAUGACAGCCCGAUUCCCAGCAGGGCUGGGGAGAUCGUGCAUGUCACCCUGAUGAAGAAGGAUCGGCUGCAGCCCCUGGGUAUUAAACUGAUUCGCAAGGCUGGCAAGGCUGGGAUCUUCAUCCUAGACCUGCUGGAUGGUGGCCUGGCAGCCAAGAAUGGAAAGCUGAGCCAAAAUGACAAAGUGCUCUCCAUCAAUGGGCAGGACCUGAGACAGGGGACACCGGAGACAGCAGCCCAGAUCAUUCAGACCAGUGAGAGCAGAGUUCACUUCGUGGUCCUGAGGCCUCGAGACAGCCUGAUCAUGGAGAUGGAGACAGACUCGGGCAGCUCGAGGCCCAGCAGAAGUGGGGGCAGGAGCAGUGAAAGCGAUGGCAGCAGUGGCACCAGCAAUCACAUCAGCCUCAGCCAUGGGAACAGUCCUCCCCCAAUUUCAGUCCCUCAGUGGAAACCUGAACUGGGGCACUACCCACGGCCCCUGGCUUUCUACAAGGAUCCUCCUGCUGGCUUCCUGAGCCAGGAGAAGACUCUCACCAUAAGGAAAGACGUGAAAGAGUCCCUGGGCAUCACGAUUGGGGGCGGCCGGGAAGGCAAACACAGUGUGCCCAUCUAUGUGACCAGCGUGCAGCCUGUGGGCUGUCUUUGCCGGGAUAGUCGCAUUCAGAGAGGUAACAUUCUCCUAAGCAUCAAUGGCAUAGACUUGACAUUGCUCUCCUACCAAGAGGCAGUGGCAGUCCUCAAGUCCCAGGCAGCCUCGACCACCAUCGUCCUGAAAGCCCUGGACAUCCUGAUGCCACCUGGGAGCCUGGAGCCUUGGGCAGGUGGCCAAGAACCACCUGUGGAGUAUGGUCCUAGCUGGUCGCCCCUCUGGCUGUCGUGGCUGGGACUCCCCAGUGCCCUCCAUUUGUGCCAAGAUGUCGUGUUGCAUAAGAACACUGAUGAGAGCUGGGGCUUCAGCAUCGUAGGGGGCUUCGAGGUAUCCAAAGGCAACCAGCCCUUCUUUAUCAAGACCAUCGUGCCUGGCACUCCAGCCUUCCGGGAUCGAAGACUGAAGUGUGGUGACGAGAUCGUGGCUGUCAAUGGGACACCAGCCGCUGGCAUGAGCAAUGCCCAGCUGAUCCCCAUGCUAAAGGAACUACGGAACCGAGUAGCCCUGACUGUGGUGUCCUGGCCAGGCAGCCUGGUUUAGAGGCUCCAUCCAAGUCCUUUCAAGCUCCAGCACUCAGGACCAGCUGAGAAACGUGGACACCAGAGACUCCCCUCUUCCCUCGGGUAGUAUCCCCACUCAAUCACGUGGACCCCACCGUUUGUAAUAUCCCAAGAACUUUAAAUAGGAGAGUGCCAGCACCAGUGCCCCCGCCCUACCCCAUCAGGGCCCCAAGCCCAGAGAGAGAGGACCAGUCAAAGUCCUUCCCACCACUUUUUCAGAAGACCAAGCCUCCAUCAGUCACCUUGAGCCAAUUUCUUUCCAUUCUCAGAGACUUUCUGGUACUUAUUUGCUCUUUUCCACCUCCCAUUCCUGAGCACGUCCCCCAGGUCAGCACUUGCUGUACCCUCAGGGGAACCACGUGCACCUCAGCUGACCAAGUUUGGGAAGAGG